AUUUUAUUAAACCGGAAGUCAUUUUCGGUGAUCUCCAAUAAUGAACCCUGGCUAUGGACGAGUCAGAGGGCAAAGAGGCGGAACAGGUGCCCCCUUUAGUUCGAAAUCCAGACUCCGCUUCUGCUUCUGAUCAAGACGAUUUUGUAGAACCUGCAUCUGAAGAAAUAAAGAGCGCAGUUCUUGUGGCAGCAGAUACCUUUGUGGAUAUAAAUUACGACGAUCUGGUCAACGAAGAUUAUGACAGCCAUCCAAGUGGUGUCAUUCACGCCAUUGUUCGUUCUGGGUCUCAGGACGAACAUAGUUCUUCAGAACACAAUGACACAUCUACUGGCGAGGAAUCAAGUGAAGAUCACAAUGAGAUUCCAAAAGAUAUAUCUGCCUCUUUGAAUGAUGUGGCUUUGAAAGAGUCUGACCCUAUAGAAGAAAUUGAGGAAGAUGAAUAUGGAAAAGGGUCCAAGUGGCAACUGGAAAAGAAGCAUAUAUUUAUACUUAGUAGUUCUGGAAAGCCUAUUUACUCACGGCAUGGUCAGGAAGAUAAACUAGUGACAAUUAUGGGCGUUCUACAAGCUUUGAUAUCAUUUGUGUCUGCCGCUAAAGACUCAAUGCGUAGUAUCGUUGCAGGAGACCAUAAGUUUGUUUUCUUGGUUCGAGAACAUAUUUACCUUGUUGCUGUAUCCAAAGGAUUGGAAUCAGUGCAACAGCUUGUACUACAACUAUCAUAUAUAUAUAAUCAAAUUCUUAGUGUACUUACAUUUACUUCAUUGCAAAAAAUCUUUAAACAGAGAAGAAAUUAUGAUUUGCGGAGAAUGUUGAGUGGAUCCGAAAAAUUUAUUGACAAUCUAUUGAAUUUAAUGGACCAUGACCCUAGUUUUAAACUUCAAGCAGUACGAUGUCUGCCAUUAGAUAGUCCCGUUAGAGAUAGCAUUGCUCAAAGUAUAAUUCAACAUGCAAGAGUUAAGGACUUAGUUUUUGCAAUUAUUUUAGCAAACAAUCAGUUGGUGACACUGGUACGAAUGAAAAAAUAUUUCUUGCAUCCUAUGGAUCUUCAUUUAAUCAUUAACCUUGUGAAUGCAUCAGAGUCUUUCAAAGCUGCUGAGUCUUGGACACCAAUUUGUCUGCCAAAAUUUGAUGCAAGUGGUUUUCUUCAAGCACACAUAUCAUAUUUAGAUGAAAGUUGCCAAACUUGUAUGCUGUUGUUAUCUGUUGAUAGAGAGUCUUUCUUCAUAUUAUCAGAAUGUAAAAAGAAAAUCCAGGAGAGGCUUAUUAAAUACAAUGGUUUACAAGCUAUCAGUGAUUCCCUUAUGAAGACAAGUUAUAGUUGUCAGCAAUGUGGAAUAUCAGAUUUAAGACAUUUCUUAUACAAGUCUCGCAGCAUGGCACAGUAUACAAGUCCAGAACUAGAGGCUCCAUACUUAUCUGACGAGGAACAAGAAAGACUGUUUGGUUUAUACCUAUAUUUACACAAUAGGAUACAUACGUCAGUUAGACCACUGAAAAUACUUUAUCAUGUUGGUAAACAUGAGACAUUGUUAGGCUGGGUGACACAACAGUUUGAAUUAUAUGCAGUGUUUGGGCCAUUAAUAACAAAGCACACUGCAAUAGGAGCAAUAAAUAAACUACUUCGCUGGAUAAAGAAGGAGGAAACACGACUUUUUAUACUGAACUCAGCUACGUUUUAAUGUGUUGUGAAUGAAAGUGAUGAAUGUUUUUAUGAUAUAUGUGCUAAGCCAUACACAGUUGAUUAAAAGAUUCUCAUUCAAAAUCAUAAAAAAAAAGGCUACAAAGAUUUUUCUUGGUUACUUUUUUUCAAUUGAAAUUUGAAGUAAUUGAUAGUAUUGUGUAAAUUUAUAAUUUUGGGUUAGAUAUCAAAUUAGGUACAAAUGAUUUUGUGCACCUUUUACUUUAGGAAAACUUAAAAUGUAGUUUUCAAUCUUUAAUUGAGAAUGUUAAGUGAAGGUAAAUAUCAUGAUGUUACUCACUCUGUUAAAUAUUCUCCAUGUUAUUAAAUAUGCUCUACAGUUUGCAGAAAAUUGAUAUUGCAAUAUGACAUAAUUUUACAAGACCUGUUUGAUAUAUUUUAUUAUUCUGGGGGCAGAAAUUAUAACCUGAUUCUGACCAUUGUUGUAAAAUGUAAAAAAUUUAGUGGUUACCUAUUAUUAAGUUUCUGCUUACAAGUCUUAGUUUCAAAAUAUGUAAAAAAAAACUUGUUGUCUGCAUUAAAAGGGUCUUUUUAUUGUAACUUCACACACAUUACAAAAUUUUGCAAAAAUGAAAAGAUGUCAGUUAAACAGCUUUUCACUUAAAUGACCAGUGUUCGUCAUAAUGACCAUAUAAAUUUAUUUUUCUUGAGUCAAAUGAACAAAAAUUUUACAUUUCAAAAUAAGGUUGAUGUAUACAUGAGUAAAGAAUGAGAAUCUUUGAAUUAACUUAUCUGGUCUUAUUGUUAUUUUUUAUUUAUUAAAUCCAUAGACACAUA